GCCGGCUGACAAGAAAAGCUCUCAGCUGAUGAGUCUGCAGCAACUGAGCAGCGACAGAGUGAAGACUGCUGAGGUUAAGGACACUCUGUGAGGACACUCUGUGAGGAGACUCUGUGAGGAGACUCUGUGAGGACACUUGUUGAGGACACUUGUUGAGGACACUUGUUGAGGAGAUGUUGUCCGGCUGCUGGACCUUUUUGCUGUUGCUGCUGCCGGCUGUGAGUCGGGCUCAGAGUGGAGAUGGAGACAUUGACGCGGAGCCCAGAAUCAGCUGCACCUCUGACAUCAUGACGUACAGAAGCAGUCUGACCUGCAAACUAGUCAGAGGUCGGACUGACGACAAUGAUGACGAAGAUGAGGCUGACGGCAUCGAGAAAAUGACAGUUUGUUACAAUGACAUGAAGGAGCAGAACGUGAAGACCAAGUGUGUGAAGGGCUUCGGGGACACGGUGAGCUCCUCAGAGCUGGAUCCUGUGAUGCAUUUCAACGUAACAGUCUACUUCAAGAGCGGAGGCAACGUUACGACGAUGAUCGAUCUGAAGAAAAUAAUUAAACCAAGAAGUCCUCAGGUGUGGAACGUAACUUUUGACAAGUCCAACCAGGCUGUCAUUCACAUUCAGAUCCCGUACCACAAAGAAAUUCUGACAGACGGCAAUCAGCUGUUCCAGCUGCUCAUCUGGAGCGCAGGCACCUCGACGGUUCAAAACAUCUCACAAUUAUCCUUGAAGAUCGACAUGGACCACUUUAAAAAGAACUCAGAGUACCACGUCAAAGUGCGAGCGAUACCGCAGAUAUACCUGGAGGGUACCUGGAGCGACUGGAGCGAAACAUACAGUUUCUUUACUCCUGCUGGCAACACACAGGACAACUACACACUGAUUGUGUGCCUCAUCCUUCUGCUGGUGCUGCCCACAACUGUAGUUUUCUUUUGGAAAAACAAAAUAUUUACCUACAUGUGGCCAAGCAUCCCUCAUCCUAAACACACACUGGUGCAGAUUUGCAAGCCAAAUAAAGGCCUCUUGCUGAACUUUAAACCUGAGGUGUUCAGUGCCCUCAAAGUUUACCCAAUGCAGAAAGCUGAGGAGCAGCCAUGUGAGGAAGCAGAGCCUUCGAUCACUGCUGCUGCUGCUGCUGCUGAAGGUUCACAGUCCAAUCAUGCCAGCUCCACCCAGAGCUCCGACUGCUCCAGGAGCACCACCAGCAUCAGCACAGAGGAGCUGGAGCUGUCCACCCUGCUGAGCAGGAGCUCCUCCGACGGAGAGGACAGCCUCCAGAGCACCAGUCCAUCACCCAUUGACGUCCUCCAGCUUGGGGAGAGACCUCACACGCCUGGAGGGAAUGAGGCUGAGGGGUUUGGAGUGAGCCAGCAGGAGGAGGCUUACGUCACCAUGUCCAGCUUCUAUCAGAUCAAGUAGAUCAGCAGGAGGAAGAGGAGAACUGACUAACACACAAACAGGGCCAGAAUAUUUAUCAAACUUCUGAGAAUUACACCUCAGGAUGCUCCAGAUCAGUGGUUCACAACCUUGAGGUCAUGAGGGCCGAGAUAAAUCCAAAAUGAUUCAGUGAAGAAGAUGAAUGAAGCUCCAUGAAAAUAUUCAUGAUGAGUCUUUCUUUGGUGAGACUUUCACUUUUGAUCAUCAGUAUUUAUCAUCCAGUGAUCCUCUGACUUUUCAUUUAGCGUCAUCAUCAGGUCCAUGAAUAAAAAUGUCGGGAACCACUGACCUAAUGAGCUACUGGAGGAGUAAAAAGGUAAUGACACCUGAGAUGACAUGAGCAGGAACAGCCAAUCAGAGACAAAGAUUUACUCUACAUCUGCUCUGAUUCACAUUCCUAAAAUAAUUCAUUAUGUUUCAUUAUUCUGCAAAAUCACUUUAUUGUUUCAUCAAAUAUGUCAGUUUGAUCAACCGCCUUCAUGUCAUCAGUUUGGCUAAAGAGGUCAAAGGUCGUUCAAAAUAGAACUGUAGCAGUUUGAUAACAGAGCUGUCGACACAAAUGUAGCUUUUUAUGUAUUUUUUUGCUUUUGUGGUUAUAUAAGUAUAUUUACAUUAUAUCUUAUACAUUGUAUACUGAAAGAUGUCCUCAAACAGUUGCCUGGUGUCGACUGUUUGAGGACAUCUUAAAAGAUCAAACCAAUGUUUCUGUAUGUUUUACUGUAAAUCAAAGAAUAGUCUCCAGAUCAGCUUGCAGUGGUGAUGUUCCACAAUUAACAGUGUUGUAUUACUCAAGAUUGGCUUUGGUCUUGAGACCGGUCUUAAGACCACUUUUUGAAGGUCUUGGUCUCGUCUUGACUGCAUUUUUUCCGUGGUCUUUUCUCGGUCUUGGACCACAAUUGUUUGGAUAUUGCCGGUGUUUCCUAUUAAUUACCUCAUAAUGUCUAAUUUGCUCUUUGACAGAACAAAAGUUUCAUGUUUGUCUGCACCGCUUGGUCGGUCUUGUUGAAGCGUUGUUCCGCCACAAGCCUUCAGAUCAGGUCCAGAGUUCUUCAUGUCAAAGACAGAAACCAUCCAUGGCUCUUAUCCUGUUCAGAAGAGUGUGUUUGAUUUAUUCACCUGUCUGUACGAAUCCUUUAAAGAGCUCAAACAUACAGAAACACCAGUGAGGUCCUUUAAAAAAACUCAUGCUGCUCAUAUCUGCACUUAAACUGUUAUAGAACUAAACCUCCUGUUGUGGGACACACUCUUCUCAGUCCACAUGGAUCCACUUCGGUCCACAUGGGUCCACAGACCAGCAGCUUAUGAUUAUGAUUGUGGGUGUGUUGCUGUGGCAACCUGAGCUGACUGUUUCUGUUUGUGGAGACGCCAAACAAACAAUGCUGCUGCUGAAAAAGCGACAACACAACGUACGCCUCAUGUUUCCUCACAGAAUGUACGCUUUAUUCUCUAUAAGAAAGCUGAUUGUAACAUUAGACUAAAUAUACCAUAUGAUCACAUCUGACUGUGCCUGUAACCUGUUUGGAUUUAAACACACUCAUAUCAAUGUCCAAUAAAACAGAAAGAAGUGA